UUUAUUUGUAAAGCACAUAAAUAUUUAACAAAAGUGCAAAAUUCUAAUGAUUUACCAAAAAAAAGAGGGGGUGAUUUGGUGAGAUCACCAAAUAUGGAGUCCCCCUUAGCCAUUCUCACGACCCUUCUUAGCAUUAUAGGCCUUAAUAAUCAUUCUUCAUCCCCAUCUUCGUUCCCACUCGUAUCGUCUCCUUUAUUCCCUUCCGCACCAUCUCCGUCUCCAUCUCCAUCUCCAUCUCCAUCUCCAUCUCGGGGAGGAGAAAUAAAUACGACUGCGAUUAGUGACAAACUCAGAGUAGAUUUCUACAAUUUAAGUUGCCCAAAUGUAGAGCAAAUAAUUGGUGAUGUUGUUUGGAAAAAAUCACAAGAGAAUCCAGGAAUUGUUCCUGGUAUUAUCCGUCUUCAUUUUCAUGAUUGUUAUAUCACGGGAUGUGAUGCAUCAAUCCUUCUCACCGCUCAAAGAUACAACUGUUACGACGCAGAAAUGACAUUCCCAGCAAAUGGAAAUUCCUUAAGGGGCUUGGAUGCCUUAGAUGCUGCGAAGACAGAGGUUGAGAAGCACUGUCCCGGUGUAGUAUCCUGUGCAGAUCUUUUAGCAUACGCAGCUCGAGAUAUGAUUGUUUUAUCAGGAAACCCGAAAUAUGAUGUUCCUGCAGGACGUCGUGACUCUUUCAACACUCCUGGUGGCCUUGCAAGUGCCCUUCCUAAGGGAAAUGAUACUGUUGCUUUUCUGCAACAAGCGUUUGCAGACCGAGGUCUUACGUUACAGGACAUGGUCGUGCUAGAGGGGUCACACUCGAUAGGCCAAACCCGAUGCCAGAACACGAUUGCAGAAGUUGGGUCGAUGGAUAAAAUGCCUGAUACAGCAAAGUUUGUUGACAAGCAGUUCCUGCAGAUGGAGAAGCAGAAGUACUGUCCUGAAUCUAAGGAAGUGUUGUUCGGGGAGUUAAGAGUACCUUUGUUUCCCGACAAUCCUAAUAACUCCGAUUGGGGCAACGCCUUCUACAACCACAUUAUGAAAGGCAGGGGCUCGCUCCCUUUCGAUGUAUCACUAGCUGUUGAACAGACCACAAAAGGUAUGGUCCAACGUUACGCCUCAGACAGUGCUCAAUGGCAGAAAAUGUUUAAUGAAGCCAUGGUCAAAUUGGGAAAGGUUAAUGUGCUUACAGGAGACCAAGGCGAAAUCAGGAGGAAUUGUAAAUGGAUUAACGCGGUUUCUACAGCAUAAUUACUAAUUUAUAGUCCAAAAUUUACGCGAUUAUCUCCUCCUUUGUACCAAUCAUUUACUUAAUGUGCAAGGCUAAUAAACUAACAGAA